UCAAUUUACAUAUUUUAAAGAGAUAUUAACAUAGUUUCGAUAUGUAUAUUUCACAGAUUUGUUACAUAGUUUUCGUGAGCUCGUAAUUAAUUUCAUCUAAUUAAUUAACACUAUUCGCCUUUACUUCCCCCAAGAAGAAACAUGUGAACAUACCACAAUACUUAUAUUGAAUAUAACCUCUCAUAAUUAGUACUAUAAUUAGUACUAUAUUACAUCAAUAAUUUUUUAUAAUAUAUUUGAAUCUUUUAGAUAUACCUAUGUGAAAAAUAUGACACCAUUUGAAAAACUUAUCAUAAGACAUUAUACAUCCAAUACUUUCAUGUUUAAGGAUCAACAAGAAGAGCAUUAUAUAAGUGCUGCAAAAAAAAAGUUAGUCCAGAUAAAAAGAAAAUACAAAUAUCUGAGAGACAUCUUUGUGAAAACUGAUAAAUCGGUGGUAGCAAAAACUGAUUUAACAUAUUUGCAAAAAUGCAUAUAUCAGAGAUUGUUUUUCUUAAAACCAUUUGUAAAUGUAAAGGAAAAGACCAAUUUGAUUUUAGCUCAUGUUGCAAAAUAUGAAGUUGAAAGUUGAAUCAAAACAAAACAAAGCGUAAGUAAUGCUUCUAAUUAGCAAUUGAAAGAUUAUCUUAAUAGUAAGAAGAAACAGAUUUCAAGUGAAUUAUUCAUUAACAUUUUGUGUGAAAGACUUCAAAAUUAUAAAGAUAGACGUACUCAGAGGAAGGCCUUCUUUGUUAUAUUAAAAGGAAUUAAAGUGCUCAGACAUAAUUUACAAUACAAAAAACAGUAAAGUUAAACUAAUGUAAAUUGUUUGAUAUAAUAUGUUUACUUAUAAUGAAUAAUUUACUGUAUUUAUAAUACAUCUUUAUUCUUUGUACUACAUACUGUGAAAUAUAUUA